AUGGCUGCCUCUGACCACAAGCCGACCAGUGCGUUCCUGGAGCAGCAGAAUCAUGAGUGCUAUCGAAACGCAGGUGUUCAGGUCAUGAAGCAUUUCGUUGGUUCUAACCUCGUGACUCGUGUGCAGUUUCUCAAUGACUUGGAUCCGUUUUCUCAUGGCGUUGCAUCGCCUGAGCCGCUUGAUCCACCUGUUUUCACAUUCAAUAUCGAAAUUCCCUUAAUUGCACAAAUUCCGUCGCUGAUACGCAUGCUUAGAGCGCCGCACAACAUCAGUGACGCCACUCUGCAAUUAUACAAAGACGGAGACUUCGGAAACUACCUGGAAACAGAAGCAACUCUCAACGAACAGCUCGAAGAGUUCGACAACUUCGGUGAUAAUCCGCGCAAUGCGUUGAUCCUGCGAACUCAGCUAUCUGUCCGAGUUCAUUUGAUUUUGGAGAAACUCAUCAAUUCGAAUGGAAAGGAGCUUAGCAGGGCACUAUUUUCGUUGAAGCAAAUCUUCCAGGAUGACAAGGAUUUAGUUCACGGAUUUGUGGAGAACAAUGGAUUAGAGUGCCUGAUAAAAAUCGGUUCUGAAAUGGAUCAAAACUAUCAGAACUAUAUUUUACGCGCUUUAGGACAAGUCAUGAUUUACGUGGACGGUAUGAACGGAAUCAUGGAGCACAACGAAACAGUGCAGUGGCUGUACAUGUUAAUUGCUUCCAAAUUUCGCCUCGUUGUGAAAACUGCCAUCAAACUUUUACUGGUAUUCGUUGAAUACACGGAAACUAAUUGUUUGCGACUCGUGCAAGGCAUUCGAAAUGUAGACGUUGAACGAGGUGUGACUCCGUGGUUCAACAUAGUGGGUCUGUUGGCCGAUGGCGAUUGUUCGGAUUGGGAACUUCUUACGUUCGCCAUGAAGUUAGUGAACAACACGAUUCAAGAAAUCAUUGACAGGGAUUUGUUUUGUGCGCAAGUGAAACAUUUGAACACGCUCGGCAUGGAUGAGCUCGUGAAGUCCUUCCUGACACUGAAUGAUCUGAAUCCAGGUCUUAUGCAGCAAUUAACCAUGUAUCAGACGAGAAUAAAACGCCGAAAUGUUUACAGCGUCGAGGAUUCGUCGGAAGUUGAUGACGAAGAGCCACAGGCUGUGAAUAGUUUUGUCGCUGAUUGGGCAACGAAUGCCUUGAGUGAUACUUUAGAAUCGUUUCUGUGCGUGAGUGCUUCUUUACAAGACAAAACCGAUUCGUCGGAGGAAUCGAGGAAGAAUUCUGUGGACAUCGUCCCACUGGCACCAAUUACCAAAACCCGUACCAGUGUACAUUUCCCUGACGAUUUGAUAAUUGGUAAUGAUUUGAAAAAGUCUGUGACACAUAUUGACAAUCGUUCGAAGACUCGGUCGUCUUCCAGUAGCUCUUCAUCUUCGAGCAGUGCGUCAUCCGGAGACACUAGUUCUUCCGGCUCCGAAUCAGACGAUUCAUCAGUGAAGGAUGAACUUUCAGUGGUGGCUGAGCAGAAGUUGGAGAAUAUUGAAGAUAAUAUUGUUUCUACGAAGUUUUCGGUUGCCGGCGUGGAACGGGUCGCGACAAAACCCAUAUAUUUUGCGAAGGAGGAAGAGAAAGCGUGUGUAUCUGUUGAUACAUCCGCAGCGGACGUGGUUGAGGGUAAACUUCUCGUAACAACCGCGCCAAAGCGGAAGAGUCUUCUGUUCGAGUCGCCAGAAGAGCAAAAACCUGUGUUGUUGUUUCGUGGUCGUAGUUCCCGGAAUCUGGUGCCCGGAAGCAUCAGCAAAAGCUCCGGUAAUGUUUUGAAGCUACUAGAGAAGCAGUUGCAUCCGUUGGUGCCUGCAGGUGUUGAAAGUCCUCCAAAGAGGCCUCCUUCAGGCCACAAGCUGAUGACGUGCAGCACAUUCAGUCCCCACGCACUCGCCCGUGGGGAAAGUUGUUCUAUGAGGAAAUCCUGGCUAUUGGGUAUGAUGUUUUCUAAAGAUUCUUCGAAGGGCUCCACGGGAGCGGGCGAGGAGGGUGAAGAACGAGGGUCAGCGGAUGAACUUCAAGUGGCUUCUAACAGGGACUUGACAGAAGAUUUGUCAGGGGUAGUGUCACGUGCUAAGGAGAGUCUGAAUAGGUGCAAGUCUCGACCUGAGCUGAUCAAAUCUGUGACGACGUGUGAUUUGCCCACUGAUGGAAGUCAACAAGAUCAACCAUUCAUUUCUCCCUUGUUGAGGAACAAAUCGGCGGAUCUACAAUGGGACCUGCUUGCUCAAAGCCUUGAUCGACCCCUGAAACUUUGUGACUUGGAUUUCACUGAUCUGGCAACGGAUGGCGAUAGUGACAGUGAGAAGAAUGGGGAAAAGGAACGAGCAGAUUUGGAUGGCGAAAGCAAAACGAAUAUGAUCGAUCGGAAUAACAUCAAAGAUAUUCGAUCAACAGGACUCGAGAAACUUCCUCCUGCCCCUCCGCCGCCGCCCAGCAGUUGCGGCGUUGUUCUAGCCAGACAACCCCCGCCGCCACCACCGCCUUUGUCAAGCAUACCCAAAAGCAAGAAAACGGUGAAAUUGUUCUGGCAAGAAAUUCGGGAGGAUGCGCAGAAGCACACGUCGAAGCAGAAGAGUGAAUCGCUGUGGGACGAAGUUCCCCCAGUGGCAGUUGAUGGCGCCUGGCUCGAAUUCUUGUUCGAGAAGCGAGCUGGACAAGAUGUUUUAGGCAAGCAAAAGCAGCAAAUGGAUGCGAAACUUUGCAAAGAGUUGGUAGUAUUGAAUGCAAAGAGAUCAAAUGCUAUAAAUAUCGCGCUGACGAAGCUUCCGCCGCCGCGAACGAUCCGAGCUGGAAUCUUGAAGAUGGAUGCAACGAUCGUGAGUAAAGACGGUAUCGAGAAGAUUCUUCAGCUUUUGCCGACGGAAGAAGAACGCCAGAAGAUCACGGAAGCGCAGAUGAUGCAGCCGGAUGUGCCACUUGGUCCUGCUGAGCAGUUUCUGCUGACACUGGCCUCAAUUUCGGAAGUGGAGGCCCGCCUACGUCUCUGGGCCUAUAGCGGCUUUACUAAAGGAGGUCAAGUACCUGAAGUAAAAGACACGGUGCACAAGCAUACAUUGCUAUACCACGUGUGUCAGAUGAUGGUCGACUCAUUCCCCGGUAGUUCGGACUUGUAUUCCGAACUGGGCCCGCUCACGCGUGCCUCCAAAGUGGACUUCGACGAGCUGGCCCUGUGUUUGGCCCGACUUCGUGCCGAUUGCCGCUCAUCAUGGAACCACCUCAAGGCCGUCGCAAAGCACGACACACCGCCUGCACUAAAAGCAAAACUUAGCGAAUUUCUUGCCGACAGUGCAGAAAGGAUCGUGCUUCUGGACAUUGUGCACAGACGCGUCAUGCGUCGCUAUCACGACUUCGUCGCAUGGCUAGGCGUCAGUCCCGGGGAUCUCCAAAAUCAGUCUGUUGAUGGCCGACACGUUAAUCACAUGUGCAAGGUCAUCUCAGAAUUCGCUCUCGAAUAUCGCACGACGCGGGAACGGGUCCUGCUGCAGAUGGAAAAGAAGAGACUCUACAAGCAACGGAACAGAACUCGCGGAAAAAUGAUCACGACAACUGCUCCUUCUCCGGAGCCUAAUCAGGAGCAGAAGCGCUUUCGUCGUCGUCGUGUAGGAGGACCAGGGCCAGGUACAAAUGAUAAAGACGAGGUUUUGCACGACCAGGAGCUGAGACAAGUCCUCCGAGCCGCCGAAGCAUCUGCUACCGCGUGUAGAACAAAUAGGCGACGUCCGCCGCGGUCCCGUUGUAAUGCCGGGGCAGGAGAAGCGGCAGCCGCUGCCACCGCCACGACGUCAAAUGGCCGAGCCUCGUGUGCUCUCAAACAGUUGUUGAGUGAGACUCCGUCGAGUAACCACAGUGCUGGUAGGAGGCCGCCGGUAGAGCGACGAACCUUGCGGCACGGGCUCACGGAUGCCCAACGCAAGUCACUGGGUCUCAUCGCGUAG